GGGGUUAAUAAAUCCUCGGCGAAAUUGCAGAAAGUUGGAAGGGGAAAAGAGCUCGGCAGCCAGAGGCCGGCGCAGUUGAGCCGAAGAAAGAGAGAAGAGAGAGAGAAGAGGGGGUGGAAACACACGCCCAGAGAGAGACAGAGAGAGAGAACGCUUUCCUGGCUGGUUGGCUUCGGUUGCGAGCCCAGCAGGAGCCAACCUCCCCUUUUCUUUCUUUCUCUCUCUCUCUUCCUCCUCCUCAAACUCCCCCUCUUUUUCUCUCUCAGCCUCUUCUUCUUCUUCUUCUCUCUCUCUGGGAAGGAGGGGCUUGCUCGUCCUCGUCGGAGCCGCGUCACUCUCACAAUCCUCCCCGGCGCUCCGACUUCUUUGGCAGGACCUUUUUUUUCCUCCUCGCAAAAAGGCGAGGUUGAAGCGAGGAAGAAAGAAGGAAGGCAAAGCGGAGGAGAGAAGGGAGAGAGGGGGCAGAGGAGAGAAGCCCCGCGUGGGGAGGGAGGGAAGGGGGGAAAGGAGGAAGGACGAAGCGGACAGGCGUCCAAGGAGUCGUGGUUGCGCGCCUCGGAGGAAAGAGAGCGGCGAAAGGGUCCCGGAGCUGCGGGUCGCUCUCCGGGGCUCGGGCGGGUCUAUGGUGCCAUGUCGUACCCUCCGGGCUACUUGUACCAGCCGUCGGCCUCCCUGGCGCUCUACUCCUGCCCGGCCUACAGCCCCGGCGUGCUCUCCGGGCCCCGCACCGAAGAGCUCGGACGCUCCUCCUCGGGCUCGGCCUUCUCGCCUUACGCCGGCUCCACCGCCUUCAGCGCCCCGUCGCCCGGCGGAUACGGAUCCCACCUCCAGUACGGAGCCGACCCCGCCGCCGCCGCCGCCGCUGCCUUCUCCUCCUACGUGGGCUCCCCCUACGACCACAGCCCGGGCAUGGCGGGCUCCUUGGGCUACCACCCCUACGCGGCCCCCUUGGGCUCCUACCCCUACGGCGACCCGGCCUACCGGAAGAACGCCACCCGCGACGCCACGGCCACGCUCAAGGCCUGGCUGAACGAGCACCGCAAGAACCCCUACCCGACCAAGGGCGAGAAGAUCAUGCUGGCCAUCAUCACCAAGAUGACCCUCACCCAGGUCUCCACCUGGUUCGCCAACGCCCGGAGGAGGCUCAAGAAGGAGAACAAGAUGACCUGGACCCCGAGGAACCGGAGCGAAGACGAGGAAGAGGAGGAGAACAUCGACUUGGAGAAGAACGACGAGGAGGAAGCCCAGAAGGUGGAGGAGAAGGGCGACCCCGAGGCCACGGAGAUCGGUUCGACGGAGCCUAAGGCUUCUUCUCUCCAAGGCCGAGACGCCGAUUUAGGCGCCUCCAGCGAUUCGGACUGCAAGGAGACGCCCGAGGAGCAGCUGCUGCUGAAGCCUGCGUCUCCUGCUCCUCCGCCGCCGCCUCCUCCUCCCGCCCGCCUCCUGCUCCACGUCCAUCACUCCCAGCUCCUGCAGCACGCGUCCCAUCAUCCCCAGGGCGAGGAGGACCCCCAUUCCGUGUACGGACCCCCUUCGGCGGCGGAGCUGGGCCCUCCUCCGCACCACAAAGCGGGCGCCACGUCGGUGAUCCAGGCGGCCGCGCCUCCUCCUCCUCCUCCGCCUCCUCCCGCGCAGGGCUCGGCGAUGAAGCCCAAGCUGUGGUCCUUGGCGGAGAUCGCCACGUCGGGGGACAAAGGCAAGGAGGGCGAGGAGUCCCCCACGCCGCGCGGGCCCGCCUCCUCCCUCCCGCGGCCCCUUUACUACCCCGCGGGGCCUUUCUACCCCGGCUACACGAACUACAGCGCCUUCGGACACCUCCACGGCAACCCUGCCUCCUCCGCGCCCUCCUCCUCCUCCUCCUCCUCCUCCUCCUCCUCGACGUCGUCUUCUUCCUCCGCCCCUCCGCCUCCCUUGAACGGAUUACACCAGACGCUCUUGAGCCGGGCGGAGGCCUUGGCCAAGGAGACCAAGCUGCUCCGGAGCCAGUCCCACUUCGACCUCAGCAAAGACUCGCCUUACGAACUGAAGAAAGGUAUGUCCCAGCUUUAAUGGGAAGCGGAAUGACAGCGGGACCCUUGGCUUCCGGCCGCAAGCACCCAGGAAAGACUUGUAGGAUGUCUUGCUUUUUUUUUGUUGUUGUUGUUUCCCCCUCCUUACAGGCAGUCCUCGAGUUGCACAAACAUCCGGCUUGCAAACGACUCCCAGUUGAGAAAGGGGUGAGACAACAGAAAGUGAGGAAGAGCUACAUUUAGGAAGGGAAAUCCUUUAAUCAAUUCUCAAUUGAAGCUUUAUCCAAUGCAAACCAAAUUCACCAAAAUCCCAUUCUCACAGGGACACAAGGCGAGGGGAAAUCUCCUGAACAGAGGCCCAGGCAGGAAAGGAAACACCACAAGGCUGUAGCCAAAGGGGGGGGGGGGGGUUAGGGGUCCCCCCCCCGAAAUUUUUCAGGUUUACUCAUGAAUUUUAACAGAUUAACCAAAUCCCCAUGAGUGUCCAUUGAAGUUUAUCUCUCUUGAGUGUCCACUGAAGUUUAUCCAUGGAGCCUGAUUUCUAAAUUAUUUUUGAACUCCAUGGAUAAACUUCAGUGAUUCGCUAAAAAAAAAAAAUUCAACCCCCCCUCCCCGAUUUUUUUCUGGCUAUGGCCCUUGUUUUACCCCUUCCUAAUGCUAUCCAAAACUAUGGAUAUGGAUAUAUAUGGAUAUGGAUAUCCAUAUAUCCUCAUCCACACACAGACAUACAAACAUAUAUCCACAUCCAUAUCCCCAUAUAUAUCCAUAUCUAUAUCCAUAUCUUCAUCCAUAUCCAUAUUCAUAUCUGCAUCUGGAUCUACAUAUAUAUAUAAAGAUGUAGAUGUACAUGUAGCUACAACUAUAUCCAUCUCUACAUCUGGAUAUGGAUAUAUAUGGAUAUAUUCAUAUUCAGAUGUAGAUAUGGAUAUAGAUGUAGCUACAUCUACAUCUACAUCUGGACAUAUAUAUGGAUAUGGAUAUAUAUGUCAUAUCUAUAUCCAUAAUCAUAUAGCUACAUCUACAUCAGGAUAUAUAGAUAUAGAUAUAUGUAGAUAUAUGGGGAUAUAUAUAUAUAUCCAUAUCCACAUAUGGAUAUGGAUAUUGAUAUAUGGAUAUGGACAUGGUUAUGAAUAUAUAUAUAUAUAUAUAUAUAUAUAUAUAUAUAUAUAUAUAUCUCCAUAAUUAUAUAUAUAUAUCCAUAUCUACACCUGAAUAUGAAUAUAUAUGUGGAUAUGGAUAAAAAUGUAUCCCUAUAUCUCUGGAGUUAACGCUUUAAAAAGUCCCUGUUCCGACUUACAUACAAAUUCCACUACUGCAGAACUUCCCCUGUUCGUAACUCGGGGACUGCCUGUACUCCCUCUUUUCCCCCCAACUUCGGGCACAUCUACGCUGAUCCAAAAAAUGUGAGAUUUAGACCCCCAUCUGCACUGCGAUAUAAUGCAACUCUGCCUCAAAGGGGCCGAGAAAGGAUCCAUUCUAUGGAGUCCAUGGAGAUGCUUCUACACUGUGGAAUGAAUCUAGUUGGAGACCAUUUUCCAACCGUGCCAUGCUGUCAGGGGGGUUGUAAUUCAAACAGGUCUUCUCGGUUUCCACAGCGUUGAGUAGGGUCAACUUGCAUUCAUUCCUGAGUGUAGAUGUGAUAAAUCCCAAAUGGGCAGCUGGGUGCAUCUACACUGUUGAAUUAAUGCAGUUUAAGACCACUUGAACCGCCAUGGAAUGCUGGGAAUCCUACUUUGAUGGGCGAUAAAACUAAAAAGACAGGCACCUUCAACACAGCUGGAUAAAAUCCCAUAUUUUCUGGAGUUAUUGUGCGUUUUCCGGGCUGUAUGGCCAUGUUCCAGAAGCAUUGUCUCCUGACGUUUCGCCCACAUCUAUGGCAGUCAUCCUCAGAGGUUGUGAGAGAGGUGUGUGUGUAUAUGUAUAUGUGUGCAUAUAAAAAUUAUUUUAUAUAUAAUAUAUGCAAUAUAUAUAUAUAUAUAUAUA